UUGCCGUAGGCGAAGCUCCUCCUACUUUUGCCCUCGGUCGGUCUGUCUCUCUGUUUCGACAGCCGGGCGCGUGGCUGUUACUCGGUGUAGAAAGAAAAGGGACGGAAGCCGAAAAGGACCAACCGCCGCCUCAGCUUCGCGCUCCUUCUCCUCUCCUCCCUCAGCCAUGUUGGCGGCCGCUCAGCUCCUCCGCCGGUGCGUCGCCCUCCGCGCCUUGGUGCCGCGGGCCUCCCCCGCAGUUUUGCCUAUUCGCUGUUAUUCUCAUGGGUCACAUGAGUCAGAUGAAGAGUUUGAUGCUCGUUGGGUGACAUACUUCAACAAACCAGAUAUUGAUGCCUGGGAGCUAAGGAAAGGUAUGAACACAUUGGUCGGUUAUGACUUGGUUCCUGAGCCAAAAAUAAUUGAUGCUGCUUUGAGGGCAUGCAGACGACUAAAUGACUUUGCCAGUGCAGUCCGUAUCUUAGAAGUUGUAAAGGACAAAGCAGGGCCUCACAAGGAAAUAUACCCCUAUGUUAUCCAGGAACUUAGACCAACUUUGAAUGAAUUGGGUAUCUCAACUCCAGAAGAACUUGGCCUGGACAAAGCGUAAAUUUCAAUGAUGACCUUCCUGUGGAUAUAUUGUUAAUGCUACUUGAUUGUCCAACAAUUGCCUGGAUACAGACAGUUAAAAUAUUACUUAUUUGAGAUUACUUCCUUUUACUGAGUCCUGGAAUAGUAUGUAUUGUGAAGGUGGACCUAAUAAAGAGGGAACCGUUUGAACUGAA